GGAAGGAGGUGAGCCGCUGAGCAAAGGGACAAAAAGCCGUCAGAUCAGCAGGAUGAUCACAUCUCCGGAGAUGCUUUUCACUGACUGUUCAACUUGAGAGUUUCAGUUUUUAUUUUUCUUUAUUUUUAUAUAGUUUUAAGUAAAGAAUGUUUGAAGAUUCAACCCUACACCUCUGGGUUUCUGGUUUGAGCCCCACCCUCUCUGGGCGGGGAAGGUGGUGAUUGUGUUGGGAUGUUUUACUGUUUGCAUGUGAGUGCUGCUGCAGCGAGCAGCAUUUAGAGUGAAACUAUAACGCAUGACAUAGGUGUGGCUUUUCAGACUCAUCAGGAAUCCAGGAACUUCUGGUUCACAAAAGCGGCUGAACCAGUUAUUUCCACUGAGAACAUACGAGAGUGUGAGUGGAGCAGGAAGGCAGAGAAGAGCUGAAGACAUGGCAGAGACAGCACCUGUAGAGGCAGCUCCCAUCUCCAAAGCACAGCAGCUGUGUGGCGUCUGCUCAGAUGAGCUGAGUGAAGAUGAUCCAGCCGUAUGCGGUAUCUGUGCCACCUGCCACAGAGACAAAAGUAAAGGAUGUCCAAAGUGUCUGAGCAGUCUGGUCAAACCUGAAACUCCCAAAGAAAACUUGACAGCUGAAGCCCCUGAGAUCAGAAACAAAAAAGAACAAAAUCAGAACUUAAAGAUAAAGAAGGAGGUCAAAUUCCAGGAGGAUCUGAAGGAAUCUGAAGAUCCCGAGAAGCCUGCAGGGGACAAGAAGGAGACAGAACCACAGACAGAUGAGGAGGUGAAGGAGGAACCUUUAGGUCCUGACGAUGUGGUGUGUGACUCCUGCAUUGGGAGUCCCCGCAGAGCACUCAAGUCCUGCCUCACCUGCCUGGUCUCGUACUGCGAGGCCCACAUCCGGCCUCACCUAGAAAACCAGAAGUUUCAGAACCACCGGCUGGUGGAGCCACUCAGGGACAUCGAGAGGCGCACCUGCGAGAGCCACAAGUGGCCCCUGGAUCUGUUCUGCUGCGCCGACACCUGCUGCAUCUGUCAGGGUUGCAUGACGGAGGACCACCGGGGCCACAACACCAUGCCGGUGGUGGACGCUCGCAGACGGAUAGAGAAAGAACUGAAGGAGAAGCAGAGUGAGAUGGUGAAGACAGUGACGGCAGCCGAGAACGCCAUCAACAAACUCCAGCUCAACAGAGUUUCUAUUGAGCACUCUGUGAAGGAUGUACGGGCGGUGAUCGAGAGCCAGUUUGAGGAACUGCAGGCAGUGGUGGAGAGGGCCAAGCGGGAGGUGACGGAGAUCCUGGAGGGUGAGAAGAAGCAGGCGCUGAAGCAGGCAGAGGGCAUCCGGGUUCACCUGGAGCAGAGGUGCUCGGAGCUGAAGAAGACUCAGGCUCAGAUGGAGAAGCUCUCCAGAAAUAAGAAUGAUGUGGACUUCCUGCAGGAGUAUGCAGAGUGGAAGAAAGAAGCCCCCGAUAACUCCCUGCCUGGAGUCUCCGUCGGCCUGAUGGACCACCUGAACUCCUUCAGCCGGGUGAUUGUUGACUCCACGCAGGAUCUCUGUGCCAUGCUGGUGUCUUCAUACACAGAGAAAAUCAAAGAGACGUGCAGGAACGAUAAAAUGGGAAUAAAGACAACAGUCAAAGAAAUGGUGGCAGCCAGGCACAACGAGUCUUUACCUGAUCCAAAGACGCGGGUGGAUUUCCUCAAAUAUGCCUCUCCAUUAAGUUUCGAUCCAGACACGGUUCACAAGUUCCUCCGCCUGACCGAGGAGAACAGGAAGGUGACCAACACCACCCCCUGGCAGCAUCCUUAUCCCGACCUUCCUGAACGCUUCGAGAACUGGCGGCAAGUUCUGGCUGCAGAAAGUUUCUACCUGGGCCGGCACUACUUUGAGGUAGACAUCAACGGCGAGGGCACGCACGUCGGUCUGACCUACAAGAGCAUCAACCGCAAGGGCAGCGAGAGCACCAGCUGCAUCACGGGGAACAACUUCUCCUGGUGCCUCCAGUGGAACGGACGCACCUUCUCCGCCUGGCACAGCGACGUGGAGACCCCGCUGAACUUAGAGAAGUUCACUCGUAUCGGGGUUUAUGUUGACUACACGGGAGGCCUGCUGGCUUUUUAUGGGGUAGAUGGCACCAUGAUGCUCAUCCAUGAGUACCAGGCGGAGUUCCUGGAGCCUCUGUAUCCAGCUUUCUGGCUGUCCAAGAAGGAGAAUGUCGUCUUCUUGGUGGCACCUGGAGAGUCUUUACCCCUGAAAAGCCCCUCUCCUCCCACUUCACCUGCAAACGGAGCCAUUGUUUUACAAAAAUGAACAUGUGAGAGCCACCGUCUGGAAAAUAGGGACAAUGUGGAAACUCCUGACAUUUUUAAUGUGUUUACAGCAGAUUUUAUUUCACGGUUGAAUCAUAUUUAUGCCCAUGUGUGCCUUUGAAAACAAUGUUGCUGGAAAUGUUCUAUAUUUUCUGUAUGCAAAUAAAAAUAGUAUUUUCAUUUAGAAAAAA